CUCUCUCUCAAUAUUCUUAAUCUCAUCUCCAUUGCUCGCUGGCGCCGUUUCUUCAUCUUCAUCAUCAUCAUCAUCAUUUUUGGAUUUUGUUGCGAUUCUGUAAACAUUUUUUUGGAGAUUUGCAUUGCAAAACUCUCCUCCAUUACUCUAAAACCUUCUGCCGCCAUUGAUCUUGCGAUAUCGAUCGUUUUCGUAUAGUUUUUUUUUUUUUUUUUUACUUUUCAUUGUUGUAAUCACCGUCGAUCGGUUUCUUCUUCUUCUUCGGAUGGACUUUGAAUCUCUUUCGAAUCUGUAGAGAGAGAGAAAGAGAUGUUGCAGAGAGCUGCUAGUAAUGCGUAUUCAUGGUGGUGGGCUAGUCACAUCAGGACGAAGCAAUCGAAAUGGCUCGAACAGAAUCUCCACGAUAUGGAGGAAAAGGUUGAAAACAUGAUGAGAAUCAUUGAAGGCGAUGGCGAUUCUUUCGCAAAGAGAGCUGAAAUGUACUAUAGGAAGAGGCCUGAACUUGUAGAACACGUAGAAGAAUCCUUUAGGGCAUACCGAGCUUUAGCAGAGAAAUACGAGCAUCUUUCGAAAGAGUUUCAAGGUGCAAAUCGAAUGAUAGCUUCGAUCUUCCCAGAACGAGUUCAUUACACGAUUGAUGAUGAUGAUGAUGAUUGUGAGGUAGAUUUCUUUUCUCGAGAAUCUUUCGGUGGCAAAGGUCCUAACCAGUUUGAAUCGGGUGCCUCACCAAAACUAGGAGUACCAGAAGUUCCAAAGUUCCCCGAGAAGGGGUUUUCUAGGAGUCCUUCGAUGAUGAGAAAAACAAAACUCAAGAGAAAUGCAAGCAGUGCUAGUAGUAGAACUGCUUCAACUCCAAAAUCAGGGCUUACCAAAGAUGAAGCUCUAGAAGAAAUCAGUAAGCUACAUAAAGAAAUUCUAGUUCUUCAAACCGAAAUGGAAUUCGUUAAGAGCUUGUAUGAACGCGAGGGCGAAAGAUAUUGGGACAUGGAAAACAGUAUCACACAAAUGCAAAAAAGAAUCAGUAGCUUACAGGAUGAGUUCUGCAUUGGCUCGAUUAUCGAUGAUAACGAAGCUCGGACGUUAAUGGCUACCACAGCUCUGAACGCCUGCCGAGAAUCUCUAAGUAGGUUGCAAGAAGAACAGGAGAAAACAGUUGAAGAAACGAAACUAGAGAAUGGCAGAAUCAAGAAAGUGGUUGAAGAUUUUGAGAGUCUCAAAUGUAAGUUCAUAUCAAUCCCAACAGAGAAUCAUGAAUCCAUUGACUUACAAGAAGAUUUCAGCAUUGAAACAGAAUUGACAACCUCAAAUCAACUGGCCGCUUGCACAGCUGAAAACAAACAUGAUAUACAGCUUCUAAGUCAGAAGAUCAGAGAGUAUCUGGAAAUGAAUUCAAAUAGCUCAUUCACCAUUUCUGAAUUGGCUGAGAAAAUCGAUGAACUUGUAAACAAGAUUGUCACACUUGAAACUACAGUUUCUUCUCAGACAUCUCUUGUUAGACGACUUAAAUCAGAAACAGAUGAACUCCAAGCAAACGUCCAACAAUUGGAACAAGAAAAGGAGAUUCUUGUGGAGAAUUCAGAGACCAUGAAGAAGAAGAUACAAGAAUUGGAGGCCGAAUUAGCCAGAGUCAACAAUCUAAACCAGAAUGUACAAAUUCAAAACAACAAUCUUCAAACCGAGUUCACCGAAGCGAGUUGUAAUCUCGAUCACUUAUUUGGUAAAUUACAGACGAUGGAAAUGAAUGAGGCUGACAAUUCUGAGUUCAUACAAGAUGUAAUGAUGGUUGAUCCUGAUGUGAAAACAUCAACGUUUUCAACAGAUUCAGGAUUGAAACUGGGAGAGAUUCCAAGCAUUGCAGCUGAAGAAACAGCUGAGGAAUCAAUACAUGAGGAAGAACAUGAAAGAUCCAAGGCUCAAACAGAUGAUACUCCUCAUGAUUUGGAGGAAGAAAAGCAUCCAACCUUGAGGCAGAUGUUCUUGAAAGGAUUAGAAGACAGAGAAAAGAUUUUACUGGAGGAGUAUACAUCAGUGCUGAGGGACUACAAAGAUGUAAGAAACAAGCUAAGCGAAGUCGAACAGAAGAAUCGCGACAGCAUCUUCGAGUUGGCGAUGCAGGUUAAAGAACUAAAAGAUGCCAUUUCCACCAAAGAUGAUGUUAUAAAAUCAUUAGUGAAUAAUAAUGCAGAAAUAGAUGAAGGAACUAAUGCAAGAGAUGAGGAGCGGGAACAGGAGCAGGAUCAGGAGCUGGAGCAGUCCCAAGAAACCAUUCAUGAGGCUCCUAGCUCCUUGUACUCCGAAUCCUCAAGUCCAUAUUUAGAACAUGUUUCGACUCCCGAUUUCUACAGCGAACCGAGCGCCGAUCCCACAGAAGAAAGCUACAAAUUGUUGAGAAAUGCAAGCCUACCAAGAAAAGAGACAGCAAAGAGGAAAGCAAGGAGUGUGAGUAAAUCGAUUAUCAUGUCACCUAUGGAAGAACGAAUCCGCUCGCAUAUCGACGGACAACUAGAGAUGAAUCUCGAAUUCUGGCUGCGAUUCAGCACGGCAGUUCAUCAGAUUCAAAAGUUCCAGACUUCAAUCCAAGACCUUCAAUCAGAGCUGCAAAAGUUAAGAGAAGACAUGGUAGAAGGAAGUGUGAAACAUCAACCGUCGUCGGUCGAAUCCGACGCUCGACCUAUCUACACACACCUAAGAGAGAUCCAAACUGAAUUAUCCCUUUGGUUGGAACAUAGCGCGGUAUUGACAGAUGAAGUAAGCAGUCGAUACGAAUCCUUAAACGACAUACAAAACGAAAUAUCAAGAAUCACAGAAGAAGGAUCAAGUGAAGAACAAUCAGAAAUGAACGAUUAUCAAGCUGCAAAGUUUCAAGGUGAAGUUCUCAAUAUGAAACAAGAAAACAGGAAGAUUGCCGAUGAGUUAGAAGUCGGUCAGGAUCGAGUUCGAUCUCUACAAGCUCAAAUCGAGAAGUCUUUACUAAGACUUGAUCAAGAAUUUGGCAUUUCAGCAGACAAGAGCAUUCAAUCUGAAUCGAAAGCGUUAACCCGAACCCGAAUUCCUUUACGAUCGUUCUUGUUCGGGAUCAAGGUAAAGAAGCAAAAGCCAUCACUGUUCUCAUGUGCAAGUCCACAACUAGAGAAACAAUACAGUGAUCUAGCUAAAGGGCCGCUACCUCAGUGAUGAGCUUUGAGGACAUGAAAGUAAAGAAGCUUCAAUUACAGGUACACAGUAGCUAUACAUUUAAUACCUUUCAUUUCAGUACUGCAAUUGGGACUUUGUACAGAAAGGUAAACAAAGAAGGCUUAGAUAUAAGGCUGGAAAAAUUAAUGUUCAUUCUUGGUUGCUGUAUAA